AUGACUUCGACUGCCAUGGAAUCAUUAUACUACACGGAAGUUCGGCCGACGAAUUGCCUGGACCGCAUGUUCUACGUCCAACACCGGAUAGGUGCUCAAUCCAACGUUCUACUCUCGGCACACUAUACUCCCACAACCACCUCAAGCAGUCGUCUAUCUAAGGAGGCUGUCUACUAUGCUCUCCGCUCCGUCAUCGAGGCAUAUCCAGAGCUUUCUCUCAUUGGAGUUCCAAAAGCAUCCGACAACGGGAAAAAGCAUCUGCUCGUUCUAGCGGCACUACAUGAAAUCGACUUGGAGACCUGUGUCGAGUUUCUCGAUGACCACGAGCCUGCCUCUGGGCCAGAAGUACUUGAGAAGCUCCACAAUGAGUGGUUAUGGACCGAUGAGACUUUCAAUCCUCGAAACCCAUGGUGGAAGAUUGUUGUUUUUGGACGACAGGAGGUGGUAUUUGUCUUUCAUCACAUCGUUUGCGAUGGUCGUUUCGGUCACUUCUUCCACCGCAAGUUCCUUGAGGCAAUCAACUCUUUUGAUCAGGAUCAGAGACAAGUUGACCGUAUCGUCAAAAUCAACCCCGAGCGAGUGAGAUUGAGCAAAGAAACGGAACAGUUUUGGAUCAGCAGCCUUUCUGCCCUUCGCAUGGCUCACAUAUUUCUCAUGCUCCUGUUGAUUCGACUCUUCUUUGGCAGCAAACUCUUCUUCAGCGACCUACCAAAGGCAAAGGCCUACGCCAACUCCUUCUUGAUCGAGGCUAAGCCCCACCAACGGACAAAGACACGCAUCGCCAGCGUUCGUAUCCCCGCUGCCAAGAUGCGGCAGAUCAUAGCGGCCUGUCGAGAGCAGAAAGCGAGCUUCACGCCCCUUCUCCUCGCUAUGAUCCGCUGCACCCUUGCUAUCGACUACUAUCCUGAAGCCAAGAUUGGAAUUAGCAAUUGCGCACUUGACGUGCGAUCCCUCUAUCCAGAGAACACCGACUCUUCUGGAAAGCUUCUCCAAUGUGCAGGUGGCGUCAGGAAGGUCACAUGGUUGAGCAAAUACCGCCGCGCAUUUGGCCCAAGGCCAUUGAGGUCAGGCCAGGCGCAUGUGGACGUCCAAGGGGCUUGGGAUCUCGUUCGAGAAUAUCGAGAAUCCUUACAAAAGCCAUUCCAGGGAGCUCAGCCACAACUUCUCACGGUGUUUAAAGCAUCCAAUGGUGUUUCUGAAGACCUGGAGGGGCUUCUGACGUCCACUCUCCCGGCCGUGGGUCUUCAUCUCAACAAUUCCUUCCAGAUCUCCAACCUUGGAAGCUUUUCGACAAGUGGGGAAAAAGAAGGGCCAUGGAAGAUUGACGGCUUGAACUUUUCGGCUUCUACGGUGAAUGGGACUAUUAGCUACAACAUCAGUAUCAACGUUGCUGGCGUCGAAGGCGGGGAUACUAUUAUUAAUGCCUCGUAUGAGGAUGGAAUAAUUGCGGAGGACAUGGUUUAUGACAUUUUGGAAGGGGCGCUGGAGAGGAUAGAGGCAAUUUUGUAA